AUGGCGGCGCGGGGGCCCGAAGAUCCAGCACUGCAGGCGCACCUGGUGGGCCAGGAAAAUCGCACGGUUGCACGUGGACACGGGCCUUGCAAUCACACACGUCCAGGUCCGCAGUCGCACUCUACCGCGCUCCUGGCCUUGCAAUCACACACGGGCACACUGCGCACGUCCCACGCGCGGCCGGAGCCCGGAGCAGCUCGGAUCUCUGCUGUGCGAGUUCGGCGCUGGCCGUCUCGUCCUGUGCGGCCGUGCGUGCGGUCUGGCAUGCCCAGCUGCCCGAUCGACGCUUCGCGGCACGACGAGAGGCAGUUUACUCGCUCGCUCGCCGCCGCGCGCUGGGCCUUCACCCUUCCGCCGACUCCGCAUAUUGGACUGCCGUUCGCUGCUUGGCCGUCGGCGGCCCACGCACCGCCCGAUCCUCGCAGGCAAGCAGACCCAUCAACAUCCUGUGCGGAGACCACUUACAUCCACAAAUAUGUGCCACCAGGAUCAGUUUUCCCAGCGCAAAGAUUUGUCUCUGGCACCGACUUGCUUCACCACGAACCUCAACCAUAUAAUGCUGAGGGCUACAAACAGUCUGGCUUCAAUGGGACAGCGCCUCAUGCAUUUCAGAACUUCUACAGUACUGAUAGCUAUGCUGAUUCUCACUUUAAUGAAGCAACAUAUUCUCCAGCAAUGUCCAAUAUAUCUCAGCAGAACUCUCAAUCUUUAUCAAACAAUCAGACCUCUGAUCUUGAAGUAGAGUUUGAUGAGGAUGAGAUGAGACUAAAGCUUCAGGAGCUUGAGCAUGCUUUACUCGAUGAUGGCGAUGAGAUCUUUUCUGACUUUUCAGGGAGCAUUAUCGAUGAGUGGAAUGAUAGCAUUAAGAAAAACAAUGAAUGGACCAAUACCAUGAAGGAUAUUGUGAGUACGGACUCUCCAAAAGAGUCAUCCCCUGAGUCAAGCCUCUGUUGUCUCGACAGCAAUAAUGGAGAAGCGCGGCACCCAAAACAGUUGCUUUUUGACUGCGCAGAAGCAAUAUCUGAAUGUAGCAUCGAUGAAGCACAAUCAAUCAUAACAGAACUACGGCAGAAGGUAGCAAUCCAAGGAGACCCUUCUCAGAGAAUUGCGGCCUAUCUUGUGGAGGGCCUUGCUGCCGCAAUACAGUCUUCAGGAAAGGGGAUCUACAGGGCCCUGAGGUGCAAGGAGGCCCCUACUCUGUACCAGCUUUCAGCUAUGCAGAUCCUCUUUGAAAUCUGCCCAUGCUUCAGGCUAGGCUUCAUGGCUGCUAACUAUGCUAUUCUCGAAGCCUGCAAAGGCGAAGAGGUUGUGCACAUCAUUGACUUUGACAUCAACCAGGGUAGCCAGUACAUAACUCUUAUCCAGUUCCUAAGGAAUAACAGUAACAAGCCACGCCUUUUGAGGAUAACUGGUGUUGAUGAUCCAGAGUCAGUGCACAGAGCUGUUGGAGGACUGAAGGUUGUCGGGCAGCGACUAGAGAAGCUUGCAGAGGACUGUGAGGUACCAUUUGAGUUCAGGGCAGUGGCUGCUAACAUUGAGGAUGUGACACCUGGAAUGCUAGAUUGCCGUCCUGGAGAGGCCCUCAUUGUUAACUUUGCAUUCCUGCUGCACCACCUGCCUGAUGAAAGCGUCUCAAUUGUGAACCAAAGGGAUCAACUUCUCCGUAUGGUGAAGGGUCUCCAACCAAAACUAGUGACGUUGGUGGAGCAGGACGCAAAUACUAACACCACCCCAUUCCUUGCCAGGUUCCGUGAGGUCUAUGACUACUAUUCGGCACUUUUUGAUUCACUGGAUGCGACCCUUCCGAGGGAAAGCCCAGAUAGAAUGAAUGUGGAGCGCCAGUGCCUUGCACGAGAAAUUGUCAACAUCUUAGCAUGUGAAGGUCCUGACCGUGUGGAAAGGUAUGAAGUGGCUGGGAAAUGGAGAGCUAGGAUGGCAAUGGCUGGCUUUGUGCCGUCCCCAUUUAGCAGCAGCGUGAUUGAUGGCAUAAGAUCUCUACUGAAAGCGUACUGUGAUAAGUACAGGUUCGAGAAGGUCCACGAUGGCCUCCAUUUUGGCUGGGGCGACAAGACGCUCGUCUUCUCGUCGGCGUGGCAAUAG